GACCAGGCAAGCGUCUGGAAUAGAACUAGGCAACCAAAGAAACUUAGAGGCAAGUUUCAUGUUCACACAGCGAGAUGCAUGUUCCGGGAAGGAUACAGACUUGAAGAGCGGGCCCGGGUGGGGGGCUCCUCAUCUCGGAGGGUUAGGGUCCUGGGGAUCCACUGGCCCCACGGGGGUCAUGUGUAGGAAGGAAGAGAAGCGGAUCUUGAGUAACAUCCUGGGCCGGAGGAGGAGCGGAGCAGCUUCAGACUGGGAACUGAGACGUCUCUGUGGGAGGGAAAAGUUGAAGGUCAGAAUGGGCAGCACUGGUCAUGCGACGCCGGCUAGGAGAGAAUGGGCGGGACGGAAGGAAGGGCUGGGGAAACCAGCAGGGGCGUAAAGAGUAAGCUCUGAGACACGGAAAUGACCCUUUCUUAGAGAGCAUGGCCAUUUUCUGUUUGCAUCGUGGGGAAUAGAACGAACCAGAGACUCAGAGAAGACAGGCACCAUGACUCCUGUGAGGACGCAGAGCUCCCUUGCGGGUCAGACCUACGCGGUGCCCCUCAUCCAGCCGGACCUGCGGCGGGAGGAGGCCAUCCAGCAGGUGGCCGAUGCCCUGCAGUACCUCCAGAAGGUCUCUGGAGACAUCUUUAGCAGGAUCUCCCAGCGUGUGGAGCAGAGCCGGAGCCAGCUUCAGGCCAUUGGGGAGAGGGUCUCCUUGGCCCAGGCCAAGAUUGAGAAGAUCAAAGGCAGUAAGAAGGCCAUUAAGGUGUUCUCCAGUGCCAAGUACCCAGCUCCAGAGCACCUGCGGGAGUACGGCUCCAUCUUCACGGGGGCCCAGGACCCCGGCCUGCAGAGAUGCCCCCGCCACAGGAUCCUGAGCAAGCACCGGCCCCUGGACGAGCGGGCCCUGCAGGAGAAGCUGAAAUACUUCCCUGUGUGUGUGACCACCAAGCUCGAACCUGAGGACGAGACCGAGGAGGGCCUGGGGGGUCUUCCCAGCAACAUCAGCUCAGUCAGCUCCUUGCUGCUGUUCAACACCACCGAGAACCUGUACAAAAAGUACGUCUUCCUGGACCCCCUGGCCGGCGCUGUCACCAAGACCCACGUGACUCUGGGCGCCGAGACGGAGGAGAAGCCGUUUGACGCGCCUCUGUCCAUCAGCAAGAGGGAGCAGCUGGAGCGGCAGGUUCCCGAGAACUACUUCUACGUGCCCGACCUGGGGCAGGUGCCCGAGAUCGACGUGCCGUCCUACCUGCCCGACCUGCCGGGCAUCGCCGACGACCUCAUGUACAGCGCCGACCUGGGCCCUGGCAUUGCGCCUUCCGCGCCGGGCGCCAUCCCCGAGCUGCCCACUUUCCCCACGGAGCUGGCCGAGCCCUGCAAGCCCGACCUAGACGAUGGCGUACUUGCAGCGCCGCCGCCGCCGCCCCCGCCGCCGCCGCCGCCCCCGCCCACGGCCCCGACUGUACUGGUCAGCGCCCCCCCGCCGCCGCCGCCACCCGAGGAGGCUGCCCGGGACGACGCGGGCAGCGGGGGGCCCCGGGCAGCACCGGUCCAGGGAGCCCCCAAGGAAGUCAUUGACCCGUCCAGCGGCCGGGCCACUCUCCUGGAGUCCAUCCGGCAGGCUGGGGGCAUUGGCAGGGCCAAGCUGCGCAGCGUGAAGGAGCGCAAGCUGGAGAAGAAGAAGCAGAAAGAGCAGGAGCAAGUGAGGGCCACCAGCCACGGUGGGGACCUGAUGUCGGAUCUCUUCAACAAGCUGGUCAUGAGGCGCAAAGGUAUUUCUGGAAAAGGACCCGGGGCAGCGGCCAGCGAGGGACCAGGAGGAGCCUUCGCCCGAAUAUCAGACUCCAUCCCGCCUCUGCCACCCCCCCAGCAGCCCCCGGGAGAGGGAGAGGAUGAUGAGGGUGACUGGGAGUCCUAGGGGCUCGGCUACCCCCUCUGGUACCCCAAAUCCAGGCUCGUGCCCUCUCGAGGGGCCGACGGCCAACAUGGCGCCUGUGCCUGCCGGACCCCUCAGCCCCUGCUGUCCCGGGAGGGACCACAGAGGACUGGCCUGGGCCUGACCUUCAAGGAGCAGCGGGCUGACAGCGGGGGGUGGGGAGGUGGCCACGGCUGUCGCUGCACUGCCCUGAGGAGACGUGAAGACUGUGGAUUAAUAAAUGGCGAGAACACCGCCUUAAUGCUCA